GUUGAGCUCUCGUCCCAUUCAGACUCAAUAUAAAAGAGAGUAUUGUCUCGUGAUUUCGUUAGUAAGCUGCUUCUCGGUGUAGUCAUUUCAUCUACGUCUAAACUUUCCUACCUGUAAUCAUGUCUCUUCUACCUUUUACUGAUUUCGACAACCUGAUAGAUCCUUUCCAAUCAUUUGGACCGCUCCAAACAUUCGAUCCGUUCGUCGGCAGGUACAACAUAGUCCCGCGGUCAAUGAGACAAUCGAUGAACCGCAUGAAUCAGGAACUUGGAAGAUUGCUAUCCAGCGUCAAGGAAGACGAUAAAUCAUUCCAGGUCAUGGUCGAUGUGUCUCAGUUUCAGCCAAACGAAAUCACGGUAAAAACGACCGACAAUAACAUUAUUGUUCACGGUAAGCACGAAGAACGUAACGAUCAGUUCGGCACCGUUUCACGAGAAUUCCGUCGCCGGAUUACUAUACCGCAGGGAGUUAAUCCUGAAUCGGUAACUUCAACUAUGUCUCCUGAAGGCAUUCUGACUGUCAUGGCCCCGAAGAUGAUGUUAGAAGGUUCGAAAGAGCGAGUUAUCCCUAUAACAAUGGCUCCGCAAGCUGGAUCAAGCGCUCAACCAACUCCAGCAGUUCAAGGAAAAUAAGUUUUUA